CGCGCGGUGAUGUCGGUUGAGCUAACCUAUGGCUCUUCUAAUCUGAUUAGAUUGGGGUCAAUUUUGCAUGCUCAUAGCUUACUAAGUUAGCUUUAACUCGUUAUUACAUUGUGCAAAAUAUGACUGACAUGAAAGAUAAUGUUAAUGAUGUAAGUUAUGUACAGAUUUCGUUAUGCAGUAGAGAUCUGCGGUCGAUAUGGACAAAGAAGAUUUAAUUCGACUGUUUGCUUAUUUGCAAGGAGAGAUAGAAGCUCGAGACAUAGUUCUUGCUGCACUAAAGUCUGAGCACAUAAAUACAGCUAACCUAAGGGCAAAAUAUGGUGUUGUGGUAAACGACCAACAGGGUUUCGGGGACUUAAAGGAUCCUUUUCAGGCAUUGCAGAGGGAUUCACUGUGCUCACCUUUGUGUGAUAAUGAAUCUGCUUUAAAGCCACUCUAUGACAGCCAGUUAUUACAAUUGGAGAAUCUCAUAUCAUCUCAAAGAUAUGCUCAAAACAAAAUGCGAGACCAGCUAGUCUUGAUGGAGAAAAGAUAUAUCAAGGCAUGUGAAGAGCUAGAAGAGGAGCGUCGUAAACACGAAAGAGACGCUGCUCAAGGCGACGACGUCUUAGUUAUGCUUGAAAAGGAACGUGAAAGACUUAAGUCAGAGGUUGAGUACGAAAAACUACAAAACAAGAAACUUACUCGUGACUUGAGACGUGUAAUUCUCAGUUGGAGGGAACUAAAUCUGUUGUGUAAUAAGCAGAAAGUUGCUGCCGUUACUCUCAUAAAAGAGCGUAAACGUCUCUCUAAUGAACUGGCUAAUGAGCAAAGACGUGUGGCUGAGCUAGAGCAAUCGUUGCAAUCGAAUAGCCUGCAUCCAAAAUCACUGAGUCCAGAUUGUAACACUACUGAUAACAAGAUAGCUGGGACAUUUGGUUCAGAUAAUGAUAUAUGCUGUAGUCAUCAGUGCGAGUUAUUACGACAAAAGCUGAUGGAGGAAACGGAAAAUCGUAAGGCGAUCGAGAGUAGUUUCGAAAGACUUAAAGCAGACUAUCAAAGAUUGGUAUCUGAAUCACACCCCAAGGAUACCACAACCAGUCGCCCUUCAGAAGAUUCAGUUGGUGUUAGUGUGUCAUUGGUUAAUGGUCCAUGGACUUCUACUGAAAAUCAUGUCAAUCCUGAGUUCGUGACUACCAAUUCGUCAAUCAAAUUCAAACCAGAUCCUCCUCAAAGACGAUCAUCUGACAGGCCUACUUCCGUGUCACCCACCUCUAAUAUAAUCUCAUCUGGAUCGAUUAUAAUCUCUAACAGUUCAAACCACUCCGGAGCUACUACUUCUGGCUCUUCUCGAACAGUUGUUGAACAGUGCUCACCUAGUUCUCCAUCUGGGAAUGUUUGUGAAAAAUCAACCAGUCAAUUGUCUGUUAUCCCUCCAUCAACUACAUCCCCACCUUCCAGAUCCUCUACACCGUCCCCACCUCCACCCCCACCCCCUAUGCAGCUGCAUUAUCCUUAUCCUGGGAUGCAGGGACACUUGAACCAUACUUCUAGGAGUCAUAGUGGUCCUCCACCUUUUCUCCCAACUACAAAUAAUAAUCGCCCUGUGCCGAGUUCAGUGUCUCAUACAGCUGUUGUACAGACUUCUAAGUCUAGAAACUUAAUUCCUCAUCAAUCAAGUCCUUACCAGCCAUCAUAUUCAUCUCCGAAUCACACUAUGGUCAUCCCUGGCAGAACCGUCAAUAGUUCCAUUCAUUCAGCACGUGGUGGUUCACGUAAACCUAUGUCCGUAAAUGUUCAACAUACCAAUUUCCACCACAAUCCCCAUUCAUCUCCUCGCCCUGUUUCCCCUUUUAUCCAACCUCAGUCAAAGCCUCCUUCGGUGGCUGUUCAAUUCUCUCAGCAUAUUGGUUUAGCAUCCAACAGUACUUCACACCCUCCUGUUGGUGGACAUCAUUUUCCUACUCAUUCAUCACAUCGUUCUCAUCCUUCCAUUGCUAAUCCUAUACCAUCAAAUGUUCGACCACGAAAUCCAAUCCAGAAUAAUCAAUCAGGUCUUACUGUCGCAGUAUCAGUCAUGGGAGGUGGACAUGUAUGUGUAAAUGGAAAAUAAUCUAGAACUUUUUGUUUAUAUUCAGAUGUAUUUCCAGUGUUUUUCAAGAGGAACACGUUUUUAGUUCUGUGCUUUCUUUAUUUCAAUGACAAGGAUAACAGUUACAAUGUAUAUUUUUUAUAAAACUAGUCAAUACGUGUACAGCUGCAUACAUACUAUUCAUAUAAUCUAACUGUCAUUGUAAACAAAGUAAUGUGGUUUUCAAAGUCUAGUCACAGGUCUAUUAAGUUUUACAUUUAACCAUCAAUUUUGGACGGAAAAUAAGCGAACAAUUUUUUUUAUAAAUAUUCUGAAGUAAUGUGCAAUUUAACAUUUUUAGUUUUUCAUUAAUUAUUAAAGUGUACAGGUACUGCUGAUACAAUUACUAAUGAUUUACCUAAUUUUACUUCCAUUUUCAUCAUCUUUUGUUUAUUGAAUGAAUGGAUUACUAAGUGUUUGUAUUUAUUUCGCAAAAUCUUGUGAUCCCUUAUUUUGCUUUUGUAUUUCUAGUUUAGUUUUUAGAUAAUUUAAUUCCUUUCGAGGGAAUUCUCACUAAUGGAUUUAUUCAACAGCAAAAUGAUAUGCAUUUUACUAUGUCGGUGAAACAGAAAUAAUUAUUAACAUCUUUUGGGUAUUUUAUGUUCACCAUAGUUUAUCUUUGUAUCCCUGUGCUUUGUUCAGUAGCUUUUCAAUAAAACAAUGCGGUGCGUUGUUUAUUAAUAAUAUCAGAAUUUAUUUAUGAACAUAUGUUAAAUUACGUAUAGUUUAUAAUCAAUUGACUUUGAAUAACUUUUUUAUUUACAACUAAACAUUCAUGAACAGAGUUGUGUGCAAAAUUAGAAAUAUGACCAUUCCUAGGGCUCGUGAAAUUUCACACUUACACUUCACUUGUUCAUAUAAUUUUCCUUGACUGAUAACACUUGGUGUUUUAUUGGAAAAAUGAUUUGUUAGAUUUUUAACAGUUCUUGUCAGGAACUUUAAUUUGUCAUAUGGGUAAAUAUACUCAGCUAAUUACUGAAA